CAAAGGAUUGGGCUGAGUUGUCCCGGUCUUAGCCAGCUUCCAUCAUCAGACUGCUGUCGUAGAGACUUCUUGUGCACUCCUGGUGGCGUCCACCACAAUGGAUCAACAAAUGCGGCGCUCCUACCUCGGUUUCAUCCUGCUGCUGAGGACGACGGCAUUCGUGCUGCCGCGACCGCCGCGCACGGCUUCUGUUACGGUGCGACACGAAUCCGUCGAGGAGCUGCAAGCCGCCGCCGCGAAGCUCCGCGAGGAGAUUAAGGUCGAGGAAGCCUUGCUCACCGCCGCGACGGCGGAAAAGAAUAAACUCACAAAAGAGCGCGACGCGGAGAAGGCCGCGGAGCGAGCAGAAAAAGAUAAGGCCAAGAAUGCCCAAAAGCGGCAAAAGGUGCUGACGCUGUGCCGAGAUAGAAAUGCCACGGCCGUCGGUCUGGUCCUGCUCAACGACCCCAUCAACAAGCGCAAGGACGUGCAGGCCGCGCUUGAUCGCGCAGGCGUCAAGGAGGCCGAGAGGAUCAUGCAGCGCGCCCAUCGGAACGGCGCGGCCCUGAUCGACCGGUUCGACAGCCUCAACGACACGUACGCCUUCGAGCCGGCCUACGAUACCUACGCCAAACUCAAUGAUAGGGGUUUAAAUGUCGCGUUCGUCCCCGUCCCGGCCGACGACGGCGACGACGAGCGGCUCGAGGCGCUGGCCGAGCUGCGAGACAUGGCCGAGGGCAUGGACGUUGAUAUCUUAAACGAGGAGGGCACCGAUCUCACGGCGCCCGCGAAAGUGAUCUUCGGCGCCGUCUCGCUUGUCACCGCCUUCAUCGGCGUGUCGCUGGCGCUGCUCGUGGGCGACAGCCUCGGGGCGUUGCUCGGGCAGUGGCUCGGGGGCGGGUCGGGCGGCGCGCCGCCGGGGUUCUAAUUCAUACUGCUAA